CCGGCGCCGCGGCCACUCCCGGGAGCAUGAAGGACCGAACCCAGGAGCUCCGCACGGCCAAGGACAGCGAUGAUGAUGACGAUGUCACUGUCACUGUGGACCGAGACCGCUUCAUGGAUGAGUUCUUUGAACAGGUGGAGGAGAUCCGCGGCUUCAUUGACAAGAUCUCUGAGAAUGUGGAGGAGGUGAAGCGGAAGCACAGCGCCAUCCUGGCCUCCCCCAACCCUGAUGAGAAGACGAAGGAGGAGCUGGAGGAGCUCAUGUCCGACAUAAAGAAGACAGCGAACAAAGUGCGCUCCAAGCUCAAGGGCAUCGAGCAGAGCAUCGAGCAGGAGGAAGGCCUGAAUCGCUCCUCGGCGGACCUGAGGAUCCGGAAGACACAGCACUCCACGCUGUCCCGGAAGUUUGUGGAGGUCAUGUCCGAGUACAACGCAACGCAGUCUGACUACCGUGAGCGCUGCAAGGGCCGCAUCCAGAGGCAGCUGGAGAUCACUGGCCGGACUACAACCAGUGAGGAGUUGGAGGACAUGUUGGAGAGUGGGAACCCGGCCAUCUUUGCUUCUGGGAUCAUCAUGGACUCCAGCAUCUCGAAGCAGGCCCUGAGCGAGAUUGAGACCCGGCACAGUGAGAUCAUCAAGCUGGAGAACAGCAUCCGUGAGCUGCACGACAUGUUCAGGGACAUGGCCAUGCUCGUGGAGAGCCAGGGGGAGAUGAUUGACAGGAUCGAGUACAACGUGGAGCAUUCGGUGGACUAUGUGGAGAGGGCUGUGUCUGACACCAAGAAGGCCGUCAAGUACCAGAGCAAGGCACGCCGGAAGAAGAUCAUGAUCAUCAUCUGCUGUGUGGUCCUGGGCAUUGUCAUUGCUUCCACCUUUGGAGGCAUUUUCGGAUAGAGAGCACCCCACCUGCCACUCCACUCUGGAUGGUCCACCUGGAGGAGGCCCCCUGGCUGCUGCCGCCUUGUGGCUUGGAGCUCCGUCCUUCCUACUCCAUCCUGCUCCUUUUUCUGCCACAGGGCCCUCCGUACCCACCCUGCCCUGAGCCGUCAUGUGCAUGAUCUUUGUAACAGUGCGCGUCUGUACAGAAGAGGCAGAGGGGAGCCAGGCUGGAAACAGCCAGCGGGGUGGCGAUGGGUCAGCAAGGGACAGACUCAGGCCCUGGCCCAGGCUGUCUCACGCUUACCAGGCAGGGCCGCCCAGGGUAGCCAUGGGCCCCUUCCCCUGCCACAAUCCCAAUCAUCCCACUCUGGCCUGGGGUCCCCCCUCUCCUGGGAUCAAGGCCCUCUCUGGACCCCAACCUUACCUCCUCCUGACCAACCCAUCUGCCCCAUCCUGUCCUCUCCAGCUGUCCCCCUAAGCCAUGCCCCCUGAGGGGUGGGGACCAGCUGGCCACAUGGUGCUGCUUUUCAGGUUAGGGGAGGGGUGGCCCUGAGAGACAGCCCAGCUCUAAGCCUCUAACAGCCAAUCACUGCCAGGGAGGCUCAGGGUGCCGUGGCCAGGUGGCUUCUGGCAGUGUCAAGACCAGGAUCCCCGCCCCCCGCCUUCACCUGGGGCUCCUACCCCCUGCCUAGGGGCAGAGUCCGACAGGUCUGUGGAUGCCUCAGCCUGACAUUCCCACAGCACCAGGAGCAACCCCUCUGGGCUACGCCUGACUCCAGGUAACAUUCUGGGAGAGGCUGGCUGGUGCCCCAGUCAGGCCUCUGCCCUGGCUGAAGCCCACAGCCUGGGCCAGCCACUCCCCAGCAGGCCUUAGUCAGGUCCUGAAGCCAUUGUGUUGCAUGUUUGGGACAGUGAUCCCUGCUCUCUUGUGCUCUGGAAAGUCAGUGUCACUUCAGGCCUGCAAUCACGUCCUGCGCUUGCUGUCCCCCGUUGAUGUGCCACAUGGGUGUCAGGUGUCUCGGAUGCAGUAUUCAGCAGCCAGCCAGGAGGGGUACCUCCAGUCUCCCCAUCUUGGGGCUUUGCAAGUUGGAGAUGUGCCCCCACCCCAAGACCCCUCUUCCUCGUUGGCAGGCAGGGAGUGUGCAUGCAAGUGCAUGCCAUAGGGGACGGGCCACGUCUGUGCCCCACCUUCCCUCAGCUUUGCUCCUGCCCAGUGACUGUGACCACUGUCCGUGUUGCCUUCUUUAACAGCGACUUACCCCUUCCUUCACCCCUCCACCAAAGGUCUUGGUACAACCAGCUGCCCAUUUUGUGAAGUUUUUA